AUGGCUUCUCUGGGGGCUGUUCAUCCCUACCGGCAUCUGGUCCGUUCUGCCCGGACCGGUGUCCCCGUCGUCCCUCGACGAACCUUGACCUAUACCCCCGUCCGACGAGCCCAGGAGGACGAAACCUCGAACCCACCAAACAAUGCGGGUUCUGCUCCUCGCCAGUCCGCGUUGUCCUCGAUCAAGAACUUCUUCUUCGGCGGGAAGAAGUCCGAUGGACCCAAGGGCAAGAUCACGCGCCGUCCCGUAGCCCCCCAGAAGAGAGAGGGUUCCCUGAGUGCAGACUCCAUCUUCGCAGAGGACGAAGCCUCGCCCAAAUUGGUCGCCUCCGGACGAACGCCUGCUCGCCGACAACCCACCCAGCAGCCGGCAGAGGAGGAAGCCGAUGUGGAAUUGGAGGCACGGAACCGGUCAUUCAUGCAGGCCGUUCUCGAUCCUCGGCCACAGGCCCGUAUCCGAUGGGAACGCAAGAUGGUUGCCCGCACCAUUCGCCGUCGGGGCCGUCUCACCAAGACGGAAGAGAUCCUGCGGUCAGAGCGAGAGUCGCUUUCCAAGUCGCACUGGUUCAAGACGUCCGUGAAGAAGUUGACUCCGCUGGCCCGCCAGAUUGCCGGAAAGAACAUCGAUGAGGCCAUUCUGCAGAUGCGCUUCAGCAAGAAGAAGGCGGCCAAGGAUGUCCUGGAACACCUUAAGCACGCCAAGAACGUUGCCAUUGUCAAUGCUGGUAUGGGGCUAGGCGCUGUCCAGGCUGCGGAUGGAGAAAAGCCCAAGCCCGUCACCGUCACGCUCAAGUCUGGUGAGCGCAAGGUCAUUAAGGAGCCGACCGACAUCUACGUUUCGCAGGCCUGGGUCAACCGGGGUCCUUUCGGAGUCGAGUACGACCACCGCGCCAGGGGAAACAUCAAUCUGAUGCGUCCACCGCACACCGGUCUGUCGGUUAUUUUGAAGGAAGAAAAGACCAGAAUUCGGGAGUGGAAGGAUCGCGAAGCCAAGGCAGGGCGCCAGCGCAAGUCCCAGCUGUGGACCCAGCUUCCGGAUCGAAAGAUCACCGCACAGAACCAGUACUACAGCUGGUGA